AUGGCAGUAACAAGGGCAAAUGCUAGGUUGAUCAGGUUUGUGAUAUUUGCCGUGGUCUUAAUCGGAUGCGGGUAUCUCCUUACCAAAGGGUCAACGUAUGAGCCACCUCAAGUUAAGCAACAACAAGGGGUUGGUGCUUCCAAACUUCAACAGCAGCAACAACAACAGCAACAACAACAGACACCACCUCAAGCUGGUGCCCCGCCUUCAAAGGCUCAGCAGCAGCAACAACAGCAACAGCUUCAGAAACCGGCAGCUCAGCAGCCACCACCAGCUAAAGCCAACACUCCCGGAACUCAAUCAACUGACGAUUUGAAAUAUACACCUAAAAACAUGGGCCCCGUAGCCAAAGCAUUCCUUGGAGAAGACAAACAAACACCACAAUACAUUCCCCAAAAGAACAUUGACCCAGCCACUUACACCCCCAAUGACAAGAUCAAGGCUGCGUUUGUUGGAUUGGCACGUAAUCAGGACUUGAAUGGGUUCUUGGCCUCCAUCAAAACCAUUGAACAGCGCUUCAAUAACAAGUUCCAUUACGAUUGGGUGUUUCUCAACGAAGUUGAGUUUAGUGAAGAGUUCAAAACGACGAUUUCCAAUGCUGUUAGUGGUGAGGCGAAAUUUGGUUUGAUCCCCGCUGAACACUGGUCGUACCCUGAAUGGAUCGAUCAGGAGAAGGCAGCUUUGGUGAGAGAGGAUAUGAGGGAUAGGAAGAUCAUUUAUGGGGAUUCGGCAAGUUACCGUCACAUGUGUCGAUUCGAGUCGGGUUUUUUCUGGAGACAGGAUAUCUUGAAGGAUUACGAGUAUUACUGGCGUGUUGAUCCUGAUGUCAAGUUGUUUUGUGAUAUCGAUUACGAUGUGUUCAAGUGGAUGAAGGAUAAUGAUAAACAGUAUAGUUUUACCAUUUCGUUACCAGAGUAUAAGGAGACGAUUCCAACGUUGUGGCAAACCACAAAGGAAUUCAUUGACAAGAAUCCAAAUUACCUUGCCCAGAACAAUAUGAUGAAUUGGUUGAGUGACGAUGGCGGAAAGACGUACAAUGGAUGCCAUUUCUGGUCCAAUUUCGAAAUUGCCAGCUUGGACUUCUGGAGAAGCGACGCGUACAAGGCAUAUUUCGAGUACUUGGAUAAAGCAGGUGGGUUCUUUUAUGAGCGUUGGGGUGAUGCUCCUGUGCAUUCUAUCGCCGCAGCGUUGUUUUUGCCAAAGGAGAAGAUCCAUUUCUUUGAGGAUAUUGGGUAUUUCCACGUCCCGUUCAAUAAUUGCCCAGUUGAUGACAGAAUUAGACAAGAGAGAAACUGUGAUUGUCUUCCAAAGGAUGAUUUCACUUGGAAGGCUUAUUCUUGUACUACAAAGUAUUACAAGGUUAAUAAUUACAAGAGACAAAAGAACUGGGAGAAAUUUACUUAG